CACUGUCAAUUGUCAUAAUAAAGUUUAAUAUCAAGUACGAGAUAAUGUUUGGAAAAGUUACAAUUUUAAAGACUCUUUAAUAAAAUGCCGAAGGUUGUAUCUAGAAGUAUUGCUUGUUCCGAUACUAAAGAUCAGGAAGAAUAUGGAGAUGAAAAACCUUUACACAUAUAUUAUUGUUUGUGUGGCCAAAUGACUUUAAUUCUUGAUUGUUCAAUAGAAAAACUACCUUUACGUAAAAGAGAUGCUGCUAGAGUAUUAGAUGGUACAAAUCAUGCCCACAAAAUAACCUGUGAUCCAGAUGAAACGGUAUACCUUAAGAGACCAGAAGGAAUAGAAAGACAAUACAGAAUGAAAUGUAAAAAAUGUGGUUUACUUUUGUAUUACAAACAUGACCCAGGAAGUCAUGUUAGUUUUAUUGUUAAAGGUUCUCUUAUCAAAAGUACAAAUGAAGGUCCAAUCAGUAAUAUCUAUAAUCAAGUAGCAAUAGAGAAACCCAAGAAAAUCAUGGUGACAAAACAUACGAAGAAUAUGGGUAAAUUUAGUUCAGUCACAGUUUCCACUAUUGAUGAGGAAGAGGAUGAGAUUGAAGCUAGAGAGGUCGCUGAUAGUUAUGCUAACAAUGCACGAAUCAUAGAAAAGCAAUUGGAAAGAAAAGGAAUGACAAAAAGAAAACAGGAUCAAAAUAAAGUGAAUGAUGUUAAAAAAGUACGAGGAACAUUGAUAGAUAAAUAAGUUUUAUAUAAUAGAUUUUAUCUAUCAAUAAACCAAUCAAAGAAUUCAUUUGUUCAAUGUUUUUUUGUUUUAAUAAAAAUUUGGAAUAAUUUGUUUUCAUUCAUAAAUAUGGGGAUGUGUUUUAUGGCUUUUCCGAAAUUUUACUUAUUAUAGUGAUACUUGGAUAUAAACUACUGAAUCAAAAUUAAUUUUGUAUGUUAUAUGCCACCAUUCUUUUUUGUAAUUUGUUCUAUUUGGAAAUAUAUAUUUUGUACAUUUUAAA